ACAAGAUUGUUGGCUCUGUACACACAAAGGGACACGCCCUAUCUUUCUCUCUCUUUGCUUUGUUUCUGAACACAGUUUUUGAUGAUUCUGGAUUUGGAUUUGUACCCAGAAAUUUGGAGCUACUUUCGUUGCUUGAGCUAAAAACGGUGCUGAAUUUGUACCAAGAUUUGGAGGUAGAUUAUCUGUCCAGAAGAAGAAGUUCUAAUUUCGGUUCUUUUUAUAAUCAAGUUUGGUGGCCAAAGAUUUAAAAAAAAUGAAGCUUAAAGCAACCCAAAUGAUCUUUUCCUGUAUUUGAAAGUUUCAGUCUAAUUUGCUUAGCGGAAAACAAAGAAAGAAACUAUUGGUGGUUCUCAGAAAUCUGCUGAAAAUAAUGAGUCUUGCAUACGGUCCAAUGGUGAAUUGUUCCGAGGUAGAGCUGAGAAAGAAUCAGCCAGAAUUCAUGGAUUCAAAUUUUUGCCAAAUGCAGCAGCAGCAGAACUCUAAUCUGCUGCGGUAUAGCUCUGCUCCGAGCUCGUUUCUCGCAAGUUUGCUUGAUAAUAAUGGCGGUGGCGGAUACGAUGACCAUCGGUAUGUUCGUCCUUCGAGCCCCGAAGUGGACACCAUGUUAGCCAAAUUCAUAUCAGCAUGUAAUGGAACAGACCACUCCGGUUCCAAUGGCCUGCACCAAUUCGGUGAAAGCUUAGCUAUGAAACAAGAAACAGAAGACUCUGUUCCGGAACAGAACGAGUACUCCAGCGGCUCUCAGAUGAUGUACCUGAGUCAAGCUCAACAAGUUCAUGCUUUGCAUGGUCAUAAUUCUACGGGGUCUAAUUUGGAUAGCUCCUUUGGUGUUAUCAACUCCACAGGAUUUGAGGACUCCAUGGAAGCUAAAAUUGGUGUUGGAAAUCGAUCUAACCUCGUUAGGCAGAGUAGCUCUCCGGCAGGGUUGUUCUCUGAUAUAAACUCAGAAAAUGGGCUUGCUGCAACGAGAGGUUUUAGAGGUUACAAAGGAGAACCAAGUUCAUCCACUUGUACAGUGAACAAUCAAUUAAAUUUCUCAUUUGGGACACCCUCAUCCUCAAGGCCUUUGCCUCAGAUUUCUGAGACUGAAAAUGGAAAAUUAGGAAUGAGUAGCCCAGAAGGCCAAAGGCUAGAAAAUGGUGAAGCAAACAAUUCACAAUACAUCCAAGAUUUCUCAAACGGUUCUUGGGAUGAUUCUUCAUUCCAUUGCCUAAAAAGAGCUAGAGAUAAUGAUGGAAAUAUGUUUCCUACUUCAAUUGCAAUGGAAACUCAGAACACAGAUUUCAGAAACAGGAAUUACAAUUUGACACAUCAUUUGAGCUUGCCAAAGAAUUUUGAGAUGCCUUCUAUACAGAAGCUCUUGCAGUUUCAAGGUGCCGCUCCUUGUAAAAUUCGUGCCAAAAGAGGCUUCGCCACUCAUCCGCGCAGCAUCGCUGAGAGGGUGAGAAGGACACGUAUUAGCGAAAGAAUGAGGAAGUUGCAAGAUCUUUUCCCAGAAAUGGACAAGCAAACAAGCACUGCAGACAUGUUGGAUUUGGCAGUCCAAUACAUUAAAGACCUUCAGAAGCAAGUCAAGACACUGAAUGAUACAAAGUCCAAGUGCUCGUGUUCAAGUACACAAAAACAAUAUUCGAAUGCUUCUUAAUGAUUUAGUUUCUGUACAUAUGCCCAAAAAAAAAAAAAAAAGAUCUAAUAAUGAUUAUGAGAUUUAGGAGUAUGAUAUUAUGGGUUUGGAAAUCUUAUGUUGUGGUACAUGUAGAUCCCAGUUUGGCUUGUUGUAGUACAUGUAGAUCCCUUCAGAUUAUUUUUGCAAUGAAAGAAAACAAAAAAGGAAAAGUAAAAAAUAAAAUAAAAUUCCUAAUUUCAUUUCAUUUUCUAAA